AUGGCCCAAACCCUUGACCCCUCCAAGCCCCCUACCCAAGGAGGCGCCUGGAACAACGACGGCCGCGAGCUCAAACUCCUCGAGUUCAUCUACAGCCAGCCCAACCUCGACGCCAUCCAAGGCCACCCGCAAAAAGUCCUCGACCUCAUCGACGAAUUCGGCAAACAGUAUCUCUUCAUUAACGUGGGUUCCGAAAAGGGCAAGGUCGUCACGGACCUCAUCGACGAGGUCAAGCCGCACACCAUGAUUGAACUGGGCUGCUACGUCGGCUACUCGGCCAUUCUAUUCGGCGACGCCGUGCGUCGCAACGGCGGGAAGAGAUACCUAAGCCUGGAGCUGAACCCCGUGUUCGCUGCUAUUGCGAACAUGCUGGUUGAUCUAGCUGGGCUGCGCGACGUGGUGAAAAUCAUCGUCGGUCGCAGCGACGCAUCGCUGCACAAGCUCCACGCCACUGGCGAGGUAAAGCACGUCGAACUCAUGUUCAUCGACCAUUACAAACCCGGCUACACCAGUGACCUCAAACUAUGCGAGCAUCUCGGCAUGGUCUCUCGCGGAUCCGUGCUCGCGGCCGAUAACGUCAUCUAUCCCGGCAACCCGCCAUAUCUGGAGUACGUGCGGAGCACGGUCGAGCAGAAGCGGGAGGCGGCGAAGAAGAGUACGGCGGGGGAUUAUGACAAGCGGGGCAUUUCGGAGUGGACUGCACAGGCGUUUGUGGGCAAGGACGACAAGCCGUUAUUUGAUGUGGUCGGUAACCCGAAUCUGGUGUAUGAGAGUACGCUGCACCAGCCGGAGGGGUUGGGGGAUGCCGUGGAGGUAACCCGGUGUGUGGGAGAGGAGAAGGCUUAA